GAUCGUCGGAUCUGAUUUUGGAUUUGGGUAAUACAUAUGGAUCGAAUAUAGAUAUUGAAAACUUUGAUGGGGAUGGAAUGGAGGUGAGACAAGGCGGGUCUUCAUGAACCCGGAUAAAUCUGCUCCGACCCGCUUAUCCAAACUCACCAAUAAAAAGGCCACCAAAAGAUAUUUUUCAUGCAAAAAUAUCUAGCCAUGUUAUUUUUGUUCUACUACAAAAACACAACAUAAUAUCCUCCCACUUUUUCUUCUGUUUUUCUCUCUCAUACUCUCUUCCUAACCAAAAAUGCCAAGCACUGCAGGGCUUCCCCUUUACACACCCACAGCUUUGAUAUUCACAGCGAAAACCUCAUCAUCGUCAUCAUCAUCAACAACCACCUCAAAGUCUUCAUUAGGAUUCAGCAAAUCCUCCAACCCAGCCAGAACAAGAAGUAGAAGGAGAAGAAGCCAUGGCAAACACUACUCCAAUAUGUCAUGCAGGGCUUCUUCAUCAGGAACAUCAUCAUCAUCUUCUUCGAUGAUAGAGUUCGAUCUUUACGAUCUUCUGGGGAUUGAAAGCUCUUCGGAUUACUCCCAAAUCAAAACAGCUUACAGAUCUUUGCAGAAGCGGUGUCAUCCUGAUAUUGCUGGUCCUGCAGGACAUGACAUGGCUAUCAUUCUUAAUGAAGCUUAUGCUGUUCUCUCUGACCCUUCUUCACGUAUUGCUUAUGAUAAGGAGCAAGCAAAAAUUGCAGGGCUUAGAGGGUACACAGGGAAACCUAUAUACUCAGUAUGGAUGGGAUCAGAAAGCGAAGAACGAGCGGUUUUUGUUGAUGAAGUAAAAUGUGUUGGUUGCUUGAAAUGUGCUCUGUUUGCUGGGAACACAUUUGCUAUUGAAUCUGUUUAUGGAAGAGCCAGAGUUGUUGCUCAGUGGGCAGACCCGGAACACAAAAUCAAUGAAGCCAUUGAAGCUUGCCCUGUUGAUUGCAUCUCGGUUGUUGAGAGGUCCAACCUAGCAGCUCUCGAAUUUUUAAUGUCAAAGCAGCCUCGUGGCAACGUAAGAGUUGGGGUGGGGAAUGCAGCCGGUGCACGUGUCUCGAACAUUUUCACAGAUGUGAAGAAAUUCCAGAUCAGAUUCCAGGAUGCAGUGAAGAAAAAUUCUACACAAAAUUCCAGUGAAACAGACCUACAAAGAGCAUCAAGACUAUCAGCAUUUCAAGCAAUCAGAUCAAUCUCAAACUGGUUAUAUUGGAAAGCACCCAAAGUAGAUGGAUCCACAACAGCAGUAACUGUUCAAAAUCUAAAGCAGAUUACAGGUAAAUGCUAUGACCCAAGCGUGGAAAAACUCCGAGAUGCUGCUGCUUCAAGGAAACAAGCAAGAGAAAGCUCAAAACCAAUCCAUCGAACCCAAUCGAAAAAUUUGAUGCCUCAUGAGGACUACUGGGUCCCAUCUACUCAUUUUCUUCCACCCUCAAGUACUCAUGAAAACUCCAACUCAUCAACAACCAUGUCAGAACCGUCGCCUACAAAAACAUGGAAGCGUAAUCAUGAUGACGAACUUCAAACACUGAGGGAGAACAAUGAAAAAAACCCCAUAGGAAAUUGGAUCCCAAUGGGAAUGGCAAUGGCUGCUGCAUUUAUAGUUCAUUUGCAAAUACAAGGAGCAGAAGGUGGGGUAAAAGAACAUAUGGGUGGGUCUUUAGCAUUGCAGAUAGUAAACAGUUCUUGGAUACCAGUUGUAUUGGCUGGGAUUACUUGGUGUGUCAUUGGUAUGAUGUCAGUAAGAUUGGCAGAAGCCAUUACCAACAGGGAAGAUUAGGAAGACUAAACACAUCAGAAAUCUAAUUAUUAAGUAGAUACAAAUUAAGCAGUGAAAUUUUAAUCAUAUAUGUAAAUGAAAAUUUGUUAUACAUUAUAUACAUUACGAUAUGCUAUUGUAUUUAUCAUUUUUCA